CGUACGUGCAGAGGGUUGUCUUUAAAUACCGGGAAAGACCGCCUCCACAGCACCACUUCUGCGGAAAAGCUGCACUCAGGAGGAGCAGGGACAUUCCACUUCGUGUUUCAACCUUCUUCACUGAACCCUCAAGAUGUCGUCUACCAAGGAGAAGCUGAUCAGCCAUGUGAUGAAGGAGGAGCCUGUUGGCAGCAGGAGCAAGGUGACGGUGGUUGGUGUCGGCAUGGUAGGCAUGGCUUCUGCCAUCAGCGUACUGCUUAAGGACCUGUGUGAUGAGCUGGCCCUGGUUGAUGUGAUGGAGGACAAGCUGAAGGGUGAGGCCAUGGACCUGCAGCAUGGAUCGCUCUUCCUGAAAACACACAAGAUUGUGGCCGAUAAAGACUACAGUGUGACAGCCAACUCCAAAGUGGUGGUGGUGACCGCUGGUGCCCGCCAGCAGGAGGGUGAGAGCCGUCUGAACCUGGUCCAGCGUAAUGUCAACAUCUUCAAGUUCAUUAUCCCAAACAUUGUCAAGUACAGCCCUAACUGCAUUCUGCUGGUGGUCUCCAACCCAGUGGACAUCCUGACCUACGUGGCCUGGAAGCUGAGCGGUUUCCCUCGCCACCGCGUCAUUGGCUCCGGCACCAAUCUGGACUCUGCCCGUUUCCGCCACCUCAUGGGAGAGAAGCUCCACCUCCAUCCCUCCAGCUGCCAUGGCUGGAUCAUUGGAGAGCAUGGAGACUCCAGUGUGCCUGUGUGGAGCGGUGUGAACGUUGCUGGAGUUUCCCUGCAGGGCCUCAACCCACAGAUGGGUGCUGAAGGAGACAGUGAGAACUGGAAGGAGGUCCAUAAGUUGGUUGUUGAUGGAGCCUAUGAGGUUAUCAAGCUGAAGGGUUACACUUCCUGGGCCAUCGGUAUGUCUGUGGCUGACCUGGUGGAAAGCAUCAUGAAGAACCUCCACAAAGUGCACCCAGUGUCCACAUUGGUCCAGGGCAUGCAUGGAGUCAAGGAUGAGGUGUUCCUGAGCGUCCCUUGCGUCCUGGGUAACAGCGGCCUCACAGAUGUGAUCCACAUGACACUCAAGCCAGAUGAGGAGAAGCAGGUGCAGAAGAGUGCUGAGACCCUGUGGGGCGUGCAGAAGGAGCUCACCCUGUGAAGAGCCCUGCUCUGAAUCCUCAUGCUGAAACCACACCAAACUGCGGUCGACUCCCUUCACUGUACGUCCUCGUGUCCCUUACAGCAUUGGGGAAUAAAACCUCAGUGUAUCUAAAAGGGGGCUAAAAGCUCACGUUUUCUUUCAGAUAUUCACUGAUAGGUGUAGAUUUCCUUUUGCUGGCUCCUACCUGUCCUCCUCCCUCCAUGACUGAAUUCUCAGAAACACAUCUCACCGUUAACCUUUAUUCUGUGUUGGAGAGAGGCAUCACCUACUUGUCCUGUCCACUCAAGAAAGCCUUAGCAUAUUGAGCGUAGAUACUCAAUGUACUGUAUGUUACUGUUGCUGCUUCUUCUGUACACUCCCUGUCUGUAGCUCCUGUGUUCUGUGAUUGUUCCCGGUUGUAUUUUUCCACUUGGUAAUCUCUGUUUAUUUGUUUUAUUUGGAUUAUAAUGGAGACAUUCCAUUCUAUGAGGAGGGCUUCCUAUCAAACCCACAGCCAUAACAACUCUGCUGCAUAUCACAUGGCCAAAAACCUGUGAUACCAAAGUACCUUAUUGUCCGAGAAAAGCAAUGCUGUGUCUAUCGGUUGGCAUUGAAGCCUUUUGUAAAAACAUCCUAACCACAAGUGCACUGACAGAAAUAAACUACUGAAAAGGCAAGGUUUGGGAAGCAACAGGUAACAUUUCAGAGAAUUUAAGUGGUGAAAUUAAGAGAUAACAGAGAUCCAAUGGGAAAGAGUCAGCUUUAUUUAUGACCAAUCAGAUCUGCAAAAUGAAAGGUAACAAUCCUGAAGAUGGUGUUACCCGUUAGUGCACCCUUAAAGGGUUUUUGUAUUUAUUUAGCCUCACCUGACUCUGGAAACAUCGUAACAGUAAAAGAGAGUAUUAUUUAUAACUGUUAAUACUGUUGAGAACUAUAUAUGUAUUAAUGUUACAACAUUAGGUCUAGUAACCACCUGACUCACUAAAGAUCUGUACCUGUCAUGGCAGCUGGAUAUUGAUUUUUAUUUGCUGUAACAUCAAAUAAAUCUGCCAGGAUAGUGAAAAAAACA